AUGUCUGAGAAAACAAAAUCCCCGUUCUACGACUACGCUGAGCCAGCUACCUCGAGCCCAACACCACCAAGGUUUGGGAAAGCUAUACAAAAUGUCCCAACCACCAGAAGCCAUUUUGCUACCAUUACUCGAAGUGCCCUGGACCGUAUUAAUAUGAUCAACUUUUCCGAAACAGAGAUCGCAGCGAUCCAUGAAGUAGUUGAUAAGAAUUGGUGGAAAGGCAUAACGGCUGUCUAUCCGCGCGAACAGUCAAGGGAAUUCAAGUUGAAAGGGUACCCGUGGGGUUACGAUCCGAACGGUUGCGAAGACUCACUCCUACUGGUCCUACGCAUGAUCGAAGUUUUGUACAAUAUGGGCUGGAUAAUCUAUUCACCUAUUGAGAUAAGCAAACGAGUGAGAACAAAAGAUGCUCUUGUAUUCCGAAGACAAUAUCACAUCUUACCUCCAUGCGAAUGGGUCAACAUUUCCUUCCACGGCGGCGACAAACUCAAGAUCCUCAACUCGCCACCAAGUCAGCUCGUCAACGAUGUUAUUGCAGCUUUUGUCACAUAUAUCCAAAGACACGAAGUGACAUCAGAACGAGCAAAGAUCAAGUUCAAGGGAUUCCCGUGGCGAAGCGUUGGUCACGAUGAUGAAGAUGAGACGCAGAUGAAGCUUUUGACGCUACUUGAAGUUGUUGAGAGGAAUGGCUUCACGCUUUAUGCGCGCACUACUGCAAGAUAUAGUGAUGAAACGAGCGAGUCGAACGUGUUGAUCUUCCAGAGGCGGCUUGAUUGGGUUUCUGGAACGUCAGUUUAUGAUAGAUAG